GAUAUGUUUUCCGGGCUCGUCGACUGCCAGAAGCAAGGCUUGAAGAGAAUGUGGACGGCUUUCGUGGCCAGUAUACAGUCAAUCCAUGAUUUUAUGGAAAGAGAGGAUGACUGGAAACAGUAAGAAUGCCCAAGUUCUUCCGUGUGGUGGUGACAUAAGUGAGAGGAGCAGCAGGAGCAGCUACGGGGAGAGGAAACAGGAAGUUAGCUAUGGCUGCGUCCAUGCAGAUGUUGAGUGUCAAGCUCUUUCUUGUCACCCACUGUCUGUCGCGGACAUUGUACGCACCUCGUCGUUUCCCAAUUCCCGUAUUUCGCAUUGGACCUCAAGUUGAUGCCCUGCGUCGUUCAUCAGGAGGUUUGCCUCGUCAAACAGCCCACAUCAGGUGGUACUGUCUUGCGACGAAUGGUGCAUAUGAGGCACCCGUGGAAUCGAAUGAAUUGGAAGAUGAUUGCGAUGACAAUGAGUCCACUGGGGAAGAGGAUUUUAGGAAGUUUCAGCAGAUUGAUAAGAGUAGGAGUCGGGUGAAGGAUGGAGCAUCGAAUGUACCUCAGAAUUACUUAGAGCUUACAGACAAGGAACUUUUUGCUCAGUGCAAGAUGGAUACUUACAGGGCCUCUGGCCCGGGAGGACAGCAUCGCAACAAAACUGACAGUGCUGUAAGGUUGAAACACAUUCCAACCGGAUUAGUGACACAGGCUAGUGAGGAUCGAUCACAACAUAAUAAUCGUGCUUAUGCUCUGGGACGACUACGACAACUUAUUGCUACCGAAGUACGGGGAAGUGUGGAGUUGGAAGGGUAUAAGCCACCUCUUGAGGUUGUGCGCAUACUACCCUUCGAAAAGGGAGCGCGGAAGGACAGACUUGUUCAAAAGAUUGGUCCAAAUCAUCCUGAUUUUGCUCAGGGUGUGAAGGGCUUGCUCGACCUGCUAGAGGCAGUUGGAGGCUCAGUGUCUGAUGCCGCCGCAGCGUUAGGGCUAACCACAGGCGCUUUAUCUAAGCUAAUAACGUCAGAUAGAGUACUAUGGCAAGGAGCGAACAAAAUCCGUGCUUCUAAGGGUCUCAAGCCUUUGCGUUAGUGUCUUGAACUUUGACGUCAACUCUCUGGACAUCACCAUCUACAACUUGUCAAGCUACCAGUAAGUGGUAGGUAGUUCUAUGGUCUGACAUCUGCUCAGCAAGUGGGAGAUGUCUUAUGGCUUCAAUCAUGGUGACUGGCUUCCCAGCAGGCUCUUCUUAUCAAUGCGACUGUGGACAUUUUUAGGGUGAUUUAGGUAUUAUCUAUGGUCCCAUACGUCUCAAUAAGGUGGCAUUGAUUUGUUAGAUAACGCGCUACGGUCGAGAAUCAGAAAAGCCUCAAAAAUGUUAGUGCAAGUUGGUUCCUCUGUUGUAAGACUGUACCAUUACAUCGUCGGCUCAUGAGUCUUGCAGAUCCUCGUCAACCAUCAACCAUUUGCGGGUGUUGGGUAACCUGAUUGGAGAUAUCUGUUUGACUUUCCCAGUUUCACAAACGGGGGCGGACCGUGAGCAUCACCUCUGCUUCUCGGAGCUUAGAGAUAAUCUUAUAGGAUUCAUUCACGUUCGUGUUUCAUACAGGUACAUUUGUCCAUUUCUACAGCUGUAUAUUUAUGCAAUAGAGCAAUCCCGGGUCGGGUCGAUGUGUUAUAUCGGCAGAUGUAUCUGGAACCUCUACUAUGUUGAAACGCACAAUCUUCUAAAAUACCCAUUUUUUAAUGA